CUAAAAUGGAGGGCACCGGGAAAGUUUUUUCAAAUGAAAAUGAUGUCAAUUUUGUCAAUAACAACGAACCAAACGAUAUACAGUGGAAACCAAUAUCAUUAACAUAUGUAGAGUAUCCAUCUGGUGACUUAUUAGGGAAAGCCUUGGCUUGGUGUAGCUUGAUUCCAAUAUUCCUUCUUGUUAGUUUUGCAACAUUGAUCAUCUUUAGGAGAGAUCUACAUACAAUCUGCUACUUGGCUGGAAUAGUGUCUAAUGAAGGAGUUAACUGGCUGUUAAAGCAUACAAUAAAAGAAGCAAGGCCAUCAAAAGACAAAAGAAUCUUAUAUACAGAAUAUGGAAUGCCUUCUAGUCACUCACAGUUCAUGUGGUUCUUUACAUCAUAUUUAAUACUUUUUGUUUUAGUAAGAAUAUACAAAAAUAGCAGUUUAUUUGAUGAGCUGUGGAAAUAUGCAGUGAGCGCAUUAGCUUUAGUAGCAUCAACUGCUGUCUGUUACAGCAGGGUAUAUUUAGGGUACCAUACAAUACGUCAGGUGCUGUGGGGAGGUGUAACAGGGUCCACUCUAGGUAUAUUCUGGUUCAUCAUGGUACAGUUUGUCUUCACACCUCUCUUCCCUACCAUUGCAGCAUGGCCAAUCUCAGAGCACCUUAUGUUACGCGACUCAACACUCAUUCCAAAUGUGAUGUGGUUUGAAUACACAUCUUCACGAGUAGAGGCAAAGAGGCGAUUGAGAAAGUCCAAGUCAAACUAACAAUUGAAGACCAAACAAGGAUAUCAGGAAUUACAAGAAUUGUAUUUAUCUGUGAUCAACAUAAAAAGAGGUGUCCAUGUGAAAUUGGAUAAUUUUGUAUUGCUUAUGUUUUGGAGGCUUAAGUUGUAUAGACCUUAAUUUUGGUACCUUAUAAGCCCCUUUCCAUGCUGAAACUAAGGACAUCACAUUCAAUUAGAUGAUUAAGUGGUCUGAUGGUUUAUGAUAAAGAUUAUGGACACAGUAAAAAUGUUUGUAUUGAAUCUUGAAAACACAGUACUGUAUUGUGCAUUAUGUAUAGUAUGUACUGUACAUUAUGCAUGAUAAAUCUUAGUAGGUCUAUUUUGUGACUUAUUUACUCUGAGUUUUCAUUGCAUACAUUAUCUGAAAAUCUAGAGGAUUUCAGAAUUAUUAGUGGCAGGACUUUUAGCUAUUUGCAGUGACAAAUACUAAAUAGAUAAGAUAUGUU